GGGGGCGGGGUUUAAGGUUGCCAAGAUGGCGGCCCGCAGGUUGAGGCAGUUGCUACGCGGCGGCGGCGUCUCCUUCUUCUCUCAGCUCGUCCCCGGCCCCUGGCUCUCUCCGGCCGGCUGUUGCCGCCGCUACAGCAGCAGCAGGAGCAGCCUGUACGACCAUGUGAGGGAUGGCUACUCCGACAGGCCUUGCCUGGACAUGGGCACCGUCUGCGCCCGCACACAGGCCGUGCUGGACAACGUGGGGCAACGCAAGGGGGAACUGACCGGGCCCGACGUGUCUGAUAUUGUGUCUACGUGGCAAAAAUUAACAAAAGUAAAAGAGGAAAUUGAGAAGUUGGAGAAUGAGAAAAGCGAUAUCAGUGUUUCAGUUAAAGCUCUUGUGGAUAAGGAAAACAAAGAAACUCUUCAGUCACAUCCUGAAUUCUUACGGCUGCGAAAACGGGGGAAGGAAAUUCGCUUGGAAUUAAAUGUACUCUAUGAUCAAGAGAAUCAGCUGGAUGAACGCUUCUAUGUGAAAGCAUUGAAGCUACCAAACUGGACUCAUCCUAGUGUGCCCAUAGGUGAUGAAAGCCAGGCUGUUGUGGUUGAAAUGGUUGGGGAGAAACCAGUGUUUGAUUUUAAACCCAAAGGUCAUUUGCAAAUUGGCGAGGAUCUGGACAUUAUCAGACAGAGGCGGCUCUCGCAUGUGUCCGGUCAUCGAUCCUACUACCUCCGAGGAGCGGGCAGCGAACUGCAGCUCGCCUUGGUCCAAUUCACAAUGAACAAGCUGCUCAAGAAGGGAUUUGUUGCAAUAACCGUUCCAGAUAUGCUGAAAGGGGCUGUGUUUGAGGGCUGUGGGAUGAGGCCCAACGCCAAGUCCUCCCAGGUUUACCAGCUCGACCCCACUCGCUUUGAAGAUCUCUCUCUCGCGGGGACAGCUGAGGUCGGCAUCGCAGGGUACUUCAUGGAUCAUGCCGUUGACAUCCAGGAUCUGCCCAUGAGGAUGGUGUGCAGUAGUACGUGCUACCGUGCAGAGACUGACACGGCCAGGGAGCCUUGGGGUCUCUACAGAGUUCACCACUUCACCAAGGUGGAGAUGUUUGGAGUGACGGCUGCAGAGACUGGAACCGAGAGCACAGAGUUACUGGAUGAGUUUGUGUCGCUGCAGAAAGAAAUCUUCUCUGAUCUUGGACUCCAUUACAAACUCCUGGAUAUGCCAACUCAGGAACUUGGGCUGCCUGCUUACCGCAAGUUUGACAUCGAAGCCUGGAUGCCCGGAAGGGGAGAUUACGGAGAGAUUUCCAGUGCCUCUAACUGCACCGAUUACCAAAGCAGAAGGCUGAAUAUCAUGUACUAUGAUGAAGCACCUCUGUUGAAGUAUGCUCACACUGUCAACGGGACAGCGUGUGCAGUUCCCCGCACUAUGAUCGCUCUGUUGGAAUGUAACCAGACGAAGGAUGGAAGCGUGCGUGUCCCGAAGGUCCUGCAACCGUACCUCGGAAGAGAAAUGCUCACUCACCCCGGGCACAGCCCCCUGCGUUAUAUUGGACCCAACCAGUACCAGAGGAAUCUUAGCAAGACGGAAUGAGGUCCAGAUGCAUCUCAAGUCGAGUCAAGUCCAUUUGUCACACACACAUACGAGAUGUGCAGUGAAAUGAAAAGUGGCAAUGCUCGUGGACUUUGUGCAAAAAGACAAACAAACAACCAGAAUAGAAUCUGAGGAUCCCUUCAAUCUAUUGGCUGUGAUUCAGUGAAACAGCAGCUAUGGAGGCUUGAUGGGAGAGCACUGGACUCAUUGGACAAUCUCUGGUUUUUUUCUCUCUCUCUCUUCGAUAGCUGGGCGUGGAAGUGCCUCACCUCCAGCUCCAUCAUCAGAAGAGAGUCUCUUUCUCCUGUACCUGGCUCAGAUAUGGGCCACGGACUCUCGCCAGGAUGGGAGAGAAGAGAAGAGAAAAGGUGGUGGUAGGGGGAGCAGUAAUGGCACAGACAAUUGUUGGGAGGGGGACUAAUUGGAACUUGAACAUUCUCCUGAACCAAAGAUGGGAUCAAUAAGUAAUCAAUCCAGAGCAGAUAUCCUUCCUAUUAUCCACAGUGUUGCAUCUGAUGUUUUUUUCACUUUGAUGAGAGGACUCUUUCACCCCUUGUUUCUGCAGCAUUACUGCUCCAAAACUAACCAGCCAUCAACCACAAUCAGCUACUAUUGGUGGCUGAACCUGCCCCUUUUAAGUUUUACCACCAGAAGCUGGUUGGCACUGUGCGUCAGUUUGGUAUCAGGCCCCUGUGAGGAGUCAACGUUAACACUGGCAAGGCUGGCAUUCCCGAGAUCAAGACUCACUGGAUUGUUCUGAUGAUGGGGUUGGGGCUGGACAUGGAAGUCCAGAGUUCUUUAGUGGGAGUGAAGCAGUGACCUUCUGAUUUACUCUGGUCCCUUAACACUCAUCCUUGCGCGGCACGGUGGUAGAGUUGCUACCCUACAGUGCCACGGGUCCGGGUUCGAUCCCGACUAUGGGUGCUGUCUGUACGGAGUUUGCACGUUCUCCCCGUGACCUGCGUGGGUUUUCUCCGAGAUCCUCAGUUUCCUCCCGCACUCCAAAGACGUACAGGUUUGUAGGUUAAUUGGCUUGGUGUGAAUGUAAAUUGUCCCUAGUGUGUGUGUAUGUAGGAUAGUGUUAAAGUGUGCGGGGAUCGCUGGUCGGCGCGGACCCGGUGGGUCGAAGGGCCUGUUUCCGUGCUGUAUCUCUAAACUAAACCAUAAAAGGAACACUUAGCCAAGCGUAUGUCUGCCCUGUGACUCCUCCGCUGAUGUUGACUUUGUUGUCUGUAGCUGUUGCUUAAUCAUCAGUGCAACAGUCCAGGGAGCAGUUGCAGAAAAGCUUUGUAGCAGAUGGUGGAGUUUUAAUUUUACUGAAAGCAAUCAUGAAACAGUAGAGACCCACUACCCAAGACAUAAAAGAGCCUGGAAAUGUGAAUCACUGGUGGUGGAAUUCUUUGUAGAAGGAAAAUUUAAAAAUUAUUGUGUUUUUUUUUUUUUUUUGCAAGUUUAAUUUGCAAGUUGCACUGAGAAUUCCAGGCAAUCUUUUUGCAGUAACGCAGGCAAUGUCCCUUGAGUUUGAAGAACUCGUUGUCCCCCCCUACUUUGCUCAGGAAAUAUACAGCAACCCGCCCUUCGUUAACUCUGCAGCCAAUCCGCGCUACCUCUGCAGUCUUUGGAUGGGUUUAGAUUGAAUUGAUCGAUUGAAAGAGUCACAAGGUGUAGGAAGGAACUGCAGGUGCUGGUUUAAACCGAAGAUAGACUCAAAAUGCUGGAGUAACUCAGCGGGUCAGGCAGCAUCUCUGGAGAGAAGGAACAGGUGACGUUUCGGGUCGAGACCCUUCUCCAGACUGAGUCGGGGGAGAGGGAAACGAGGGUCAUAGUUUAAGGAUAAGGGGGAAAUCUUUUAGGACUGAGAUGAGAAAAACUUUUUUCACACAGAGAGUGGUGAAUCUGUGGAAUUCUCUGCCACAGAAGGUAGUUGAGGCCAGUUCAUUGGCUAUAUUUAAGAGGGAGUUAGAUGUGGCUAAAGGGAUCAGGGGGUAUGGAGAGAAGGCAGGGAUGGGAUACUGAAUGGAUGAUCAGCCAUGAUUCAGAUUCAGAUUCAAUUUAAUUGUCAUUGUCAGUGUACAGUACAGAGACAACGAAAUGCAUUCAUCUGAUCAUAUUGAACGGCGGUGCAGGCUCGAAGGGCCGAAUGACCUACUCCUGCACCUAUUUUCUAUGUUUCUAUGAGAGAUAUGGACGGCGACGUGGAGAGAUAUAGAACAAAUGAAUGAAAGAUGUGCAAAAAAGUAACGAUGAAAAAGGAAACAGGCCAUUGCUAGCUGUUUGUUAGGUCUCUACCCGAAACAUUACCCAUUCCUUCUCUCCAGAGGUGCAGCCUGACCCUCUGAGUUAUUCCAACACUUUGAGUCUAUCUAGGAAAAACCAGCAUCUGCAGUCUGAACAAGGGUCUCGACCUGAAACGUCACCCAUUCUUAGAAAUAUAGAAACAUAGAAAAUAGGUGCAGGAGGAGGCCAUUCGGCCCUUCGAGCCUGCACCGCCAUUCAUUGUGAUCAUGGCUGAUCGUCCCCAAUCAAUAUCCCGUGCCUGCCUUCUCUCCAUAUCCCCUGACUCCACUAGCCCCUAGAGCCCUAUCUAACUCUCUUAAAUCCAUCCAGUGAUUUGGCCUCCACUGCCCUCUGUGGCAGGGAAUUCCACAAAUGCACAACUCUCUGGGUGAAAAAGCUUUUUCUCACCUCAGUCUUAAAUGGCAUCCCCUUCAUUCCAAGACUGUGUGUGGCCCCUGGCCCAACAUUUCUCCUGCAUCCAGCUUGUCCUUCUCUCCAGAGAUGCUGCUUGUCCCGCUGAGUUACUCCAGCAUUUUGUGCCUAUCUUCGGUUUAAACCAGCAUCUGCAGUUCCUUCCUACACUGAAUUCCAAAAAUAUUGAGGUGGAAUGAUGGAAACAGUAGCUUGACUGGAUGGUACAAUUGGGAAAGAUGUGGUUGAGCUAACUAUAUUAUCGGUACAUUUAGGAGUUUUUAUAUCCAAUUCCUUAUUUGCCCUGGCAGGUGGAUGGAUGAAAUCUCGUUUUCAGAGACUUUGUCUCGUAGCCAACAAUUGACCUUCAAACAUCUUAACAUCAUUAUCACAAACCCACUGCUGUCUGCCUUGGCAAAUUAGCUGCUGCAGUUGCUGCCUCCCAACUCAAUUCCACCUAAUGCUAAGCUGUAAAGUGCAUUGGGAUGAGCAGUGGAUGUGAAAUGUAUUACAGAAUUGGCAAUCAACUGUUUUAAUGCCCAAAUGGAAUUCAAAAUAAAUAUUCAUCAUGUUUCAACAGA